AUGCCCGUUCUAUUGAGAAGUCAGCUAGAUCGUUCACGAACUUCGAGUCGGGCGACUGCUAUCCGAACCACAUCUCAGUCUGUACUGCGACCUACCUCAGCUGAUAACCAGUCAACAUCACACGUGAAUGCCACCAAUGGUAGUGCCACAGAAAACCGUCGCAAUUCAUGUCAAUCCAACGCAAGUAUUAGUCGUCGUACGGUCGUUUCCGUGAUAGAUUAUGGCAAUUCAAAAGCAACAUCAAUGCAUAGAUCCAAACAUAGAAGAUUGUCGAAAAAUGCCACUUUAUUCCAUCAGAUCAAAUUUUGCUAUCGUCAACUGCAUCUGAACUAUUUGAUACCGUUACUGAUCAUUAUGCUUUACAUGGUCAUUGGUGCUGCGUUAUUUUUGUGGAUUGAAGCACCCGCCGACCUGCAAAAAAAGCAAUCCGAAUAUGAGAAUUAUGUACAUGAACGUGAAUUGUUGCUGAAGCGUUUGGAAGAGAUUUACACGGAUCGAGCGGCCACUAAACGUCGGCAAAGACGUUUAUUUUUGGAAGAAGCAAUAGACUAUUUCCACGAACGUGUUGACCUUUCAUUUCCGAACACCACCGACUGGUCACUUACGACCGCUCUCUACUAUUCCGGUACUGUUUUUACCACCAUCGGUUAG